AUGGAGGCUGAACUCCAGUCAAAGAUCCCCGGUCUGGACCGUGUCAUUACCGAAUACUCGGUGGGAUACCUCACUCAUGCCUCAAACCUUUACGUCGAAGAUGCGAACACCCAGUCUCCCCUCUCAGAAGCUGCCGAGACCGUGACGGAGCUGCUGGUCUCUGCGUCCGGAGACUUUUCCACUAAGAACCGCGAUGCGAUCAGCAGCCUGGUGGAGAAAUUCAUCUCCUCGUUGAGCUCUGCUAAUGGCGCCGACUCUGAAAAACGACAAAUGCCCAUGACGGCCAAGCGACUGGACCAGACGAUCAAUGUGGGCUCUCAGCGAAACAUGUCGUCCACUCUGGGUUUGAGCGGCACAACCGUGGAUUUGGAAUCGGCCAAUGCUCGGAAGGUCGAAUCGCGUGUGGAUAAGAAGAAGCUUGAGAAGGCCGAACGAAAGAUUCGGGCCAAACAGGAGAAGAAGCAGAUGAAGACCGUUCAGUACGAGGCAUCCCGGCUGCUCAAUCAACCGGACGAGACGAUGUCCUACGAAGAGUUCUUCAUGGCGGUCAACCCGCUUCAGCUGGGCUCGGACUCGCAAUCCAAGAGCAAGGAUAUCAAGUUGGACAACAUCGAUAUUUCGAUCAGCGGACAGCGUAUCCUGACAGACGCCCAGCUGACGCUUGCCUAUGGACGGCGCUACGGUCUUGUCGGUCAGAACGGUAUUGGUAAAUCUACUUUGCUGCGGGCUUUGAGUCGCCGUGAGGUCGCCAUUCCAAGUCAUAUCUCGAUUCUUCACGUCGAGCAAGAGAUCAUGGGCGACGACACACCAGCUAUCCAGGCCGUCCUGGAUGCCGACGUCUGGCGCAAGCAUCUGCUUGCAGAGCAAGAGAAAAUCACCAAGCAACUGGGUGCCAUUGAAGAGGAGCGGUCACAAAUGGCCGACACAUCUCAAGACGCAGCCCGACUAGAUCAGGAGAGAGAGGGUCUGGAUAUCACUUUGUCGGACAUUCACUCGAAGCUCUCUGAGAUGGAGUCUGACAAGGCUGAGUCUCGAGCUGCUUCUAUUUUGGCGGGUCUCGGUUUCUCUCCCGAGCGUCAGCAGUAUGCCACGAGAACAUUCUCCGGUGGUUGGCGAAUGCGUCUUGCUUUGGCCCGUGCGCUGUUCUGCGAACCUGACUUGCUACUUCUCGACGAACCGUCAAACAUGUUGGACGUUCCGUCCAUCACUUUCCUGGCAAACUAUCUGCAAGGAUAUCCCAGCACGGUCCUUGUAGUCUCUCACGAUCGUGCAUUCUUGAACGAGGUUGCCACAGAUAUCAUUCACCAGCACUCUGAACGAUUGGACUACUACAAGGGUGCUAACUUUGAAUCAUUCUACGCCACCAAGGAGGAGCGCAGAAAGAUGGCCAAGCGUGAAUAUGAGAAGCAAAUGGCGGAACGUGCUCAUCUUCAAGCCUUCAUCGACAAGUUCCGUUACAAUGCGGCCAAAUCUUCCGAGGCUCAAUCUCGUAUCAAGAAGCUCGAACGUAUGCCAGUUCUCGAAGCCCCAGAGGCCGAAUACGUUGUCCACUUCCAGUUCCCCGAAGUGGAGAAGCUUUCACCACCCAUCGUCCAAAUGUCCGAUGUCUCAUUCGGCUACACUCCCGAUAAACCUCUUCUCAGAGACGUCGACCUCGACGUUCAACUGGAUUCUCGAAUUGGUAUUGUCGGACCCAACGGUGCUGGUAAGACUACAGUGUUGAAACUACUCACGAAUCAACUCGCACCCACCAAGGGUCUCAUUUCAACACAUUCGCGGCUGCGCAUCGGAUUCUUCGCGCAGCAUCACGUGGAUGCCCUUGAUCUGACCACCAGCGCUGUUAGCUUCAUGGCCAAGACUUACCCCGGCAAGAGCGACGAAGAAUAUCGUCGUCACUUGGGUGCCUUCGGUAUCACCGGUAUGACCGGUCUCCAGCGUAUGGAGCUCUUGUCUGGUGGUCAAAAGUCCCGUGUCGCAUUUGCUUGCUUGUCCCUUACCAACCCUCACAUCCUCGUGCUUGAUGAGCCUUCCAACCACUUGGAUAUUGAGGGUAUGGAUGCUCUCUCAGAGGCGCUGCAGCGCUUCGAGGGUGGUGUGGUGAUGGUCUCUCACGAUGUCACUAUGCUUCAGAAUGUCUGCAAGAGUUUGUGGGUUUGUGAUAACGGCACUGUGACCAAGUUCGAUGGUGAUGUCAAGGCAUAUAAGAAGUUGAUCAGUUCCCAGGCUGAUGCAGCUGGCGUCGUUGCCAAGCACUAA